AUGUCUGACAAGAAUUACACCUACAAGAGCUCCGGCACCAACAGCCAGGGCAACCACUACUGCUCUCGAGAUUAUGGAUCCGAUGCCACCAACCAGAACUCCUACCACUACUCGAACACCGAUGGAAGCUAUUACUACUCCAACUCUGAUGGCUCGACCUACCACAAUGACGGUCAGGGUAGUUCCACCUAUACACCACCUUCUGGAGGCUCCAGCAGCACUGGUAGCAGCGGAGAAAGUAGCAGUAGUGACAGCAGCGGCAGCAAGAAGUAA